CUCACAAGGCCCCGCCCCGCACUUCAAGGUCUUCGCGAAAUACUUGAGAGCCGCUCAUGGAGCUGGCGCGUGCACACACUGCUAAGAAGGCAAGAAGUGGCUUCGUUGGUGACAGUGGCAGUGGCGGUGGAGGACUAUGGCGCAGAACAUAGCGCGAACAGCGGGGCUUCGUGCAUACCUUUACCUCCGAGUCGCCUUAAGGGGCCCCACACGCAUCCCAUGCAGAGCCUUGAUGUGCACCGCGCCCGACGACAGAAAGGUGCGAGAAAAGGUGACCAUACACUUUAUAAAUCAAGAUGGAGAGAAAAUCACUACCUCAGCCUCUGAAGGGGAGACAUUGUUAGACAUCGUAUUGAACAAGAAUCUGGACAUCAACGGCUUUGGUGCCUGUGAGGGGACACUGGCGUGCUCCACAUGCCAUCUCAUCUUUGAUGAGGAUGUCUUCAAGAAAAUGGGACCAGUUUUGGAUGAAGAGAUGGACAUGUUGGACCUGUCAUACGGACUGACAGACACGUCACGUCUGGGCUGUCAAAUCUGUGUUCAGAAGUGGAUGGAUGGGAUCGUAAUACGGGUACCGCAAGAAAUGAAUGAUAUGCGCAGAAAGAAGGAAUCAGCAAGGAAAUGAAAUGUCUACUUGCCAGCCCCUGCGUCACUGAAUUGGGUUCUGUCGCUCACGUUUUCCCUAAAAUCACUUGUACAGUCAUCAUGCAGUUGCCCAUGUUGUUAUUUUCAAAAUUAUGACUUGCUGGCAGUAUACUUAAUACUUUUAGUAAAUUGUCAAAUAAGGAGAAAAAUGCAAGGAGCAACAAAAGAAUAAUUCAAAUACAAUGGUCAAUUAUCAGAACUCAUCCACCUAUUUUCAUCACCAGCUUUAUCCAGUAAAGGGGAUGCCUGUCCAAGCAGCCUCAGGUUUAAAGCAUAAGCCAGCCUCAAGUGGAUUACAAGUAUGUCACAGGGUAAACACACACUUGCUCAGAUUGGACUAAUUUUACAGUGUACAAUCAACCUAACGUAUGUCUUGAGCAAGUGAGAGCAAAGUGGACUGCUUGGAGCAAUCCCACACAGCAGUGACGUGCGGUGAGGUUCAUGACUGAUGAGGCAUGGACUCCUUCAGAGUCAGAUUUACAAAUAUAUGAACCCAAAGAGUAGAUUUUUCACUAUUCAGUUGGCAGCCAGCAUGCACAUUGACUACUGGUUAUAUUUCAUAUCUCAUCAGCAUUCUUAACACAAACAUAGGUAAGGUACAUAUUUGGUUAAGAAAGAACGUUACAUUUAUAGCAGCAAGAGAGCGGAGAGAGCGCAUGUGCUCCGCACCCUCCAUGUGUACUAAAUUUGCCAUUGCAAUUCCACAAUUCAAACUCAUUUAAUACAAAUGAAAGUAUUGAGUGGUGUACAAAAAAUGGAUUUCAAUUUUGACCUUGCUUGAAAUAUUUAGUUGUUUUUAAAAGCUUUUAAUUCUGAUGCUUUAAUCAACUUUAAUGCAUACUGUUCAACAAAAGGAUAACAAGAUAAACAGGCUGUGGAAGGUCAGGGUGUAUAAUAAAUGUGUCUGCAAACAUUAUAUUGGUGACAUACAGAGAGACAGCAACAGGCACGCGCCAACUGCAUGCAUCAAGCCCGUGUGCGAGGGAGAGCGCAGUCUGAGGUGAGGCCACACCUCUCAUUUCUCCCGUUUUUGAACUGGAAAUGCGCCAAUUCAUCGAUUUUGACUAUAAAAACUAUCACAAUUAUUGGAAUCAUACAGAAAACAAAUUUAUAGCACAGACCAGUGGACAAAUUUAUUUUAUGUUAUCAUUAUUAGUUUUUUUACUUUUCCUGAUGACAGGUGAGGCUCUGUCUCACCUGUCUCCCCUGACCGCACGUCCCUGCCACACAGACACACAGAGAAUGUGCCAAGAAUUAAACUUUGUUGUCUGGAGUUGUGUUUGACAGGGGUGGACUGUAGGGGGCACCCCAGAGCCCCAAACAUUGGACACCUCUCAACUGAAUACAAUUUCAAGUAAAAUAAACUGUUUAUCUUAUAAUCAUACCAUAACACAGUAAAUGCAGUCCAACACAAUAUAAUUGAAAGAACAAUCUCCUCUUCUCCUUCAAACACAAACUGUGAGCCUCAUCCACCUUCUCCCAAUUCUGUCUCUGAGGUAAUCUGAGGCACCCCCUUUUGUGCUGGACCUAGGAAUGCUUCCGGUGCUAUGACCUGGCUUAAAGGGUUGGACAGAAGUUCCCUAUAAUAGGAAUAUCCAAUCUUCACAGCGUAUCUCUGUGGCACUUGUGGACCCUGACAGGGUUGCCCUUUCACACUUCAAGUCCCAGCCAACCCUGUGGGUGUCCAAACUGGGCCCCUGUGAGAGGAGAACUGCCACUUCUUACAUUGGGGGACGAACUGCUCAUAAAAUCCCUUUGUCCCUAAUCCAUCCAUUAUUAGUUCCUCCCAACUGGGAUAGAAAUUGGCGAUAACUCCUGGCAGGUAGGGUUAUAUCCUUAAUCCCAGUCGGGAUUCUAAUCCAUCCAUUCCCACACUUGCACAGACUAUACUGACCAUGAUGUUACCAGGCCAUCCUUUUUUUUUAAUGCAUAUUUCUGCAUAGAGGAAAUGUGAUAGGACAACAAAGUAAUCUAGCCAGGGUGAAUAACAUUUUGGGCAAUCUCAUCCUUUUCACUUUCCGAGUACUCGGCCUGUGGCAGCCUAGGGUGUUGUUAUCCCAUAUCACUGUUUCAUUGAGGAAACCAGGAUCCUCAUCAGACUUGUAAUGUUGCUUCAUAUGAAAUUCAAAGUAGCUGCAGUCAGGAAAUGAUGCUGGUACUUUCCUGCUCCUUUUGGCCUUUAUCAUUAUUUUUGACAAGCAGGAUCUGGCCAUUGUCCACCCAUGCCUUAAAGAAGAAACCUCUAACAAGUCCUGUGCCUAAUGCUUUGUGUUUCCUAUUUCCUUAGCUGUCACUUCCUGUCAGUUGGCCAUAUUCUCUGAUGCAAGCUGCCGGCUAUGUUUCAAACUACUAAAGUUUAUGUUGCAUCCUUUAAGAAGUGUCCACCACAUGCUUCUGAAGUGUACAUUCAUUGUAUUCAUAUUAAAAACAUGCCUUUCAGCUAGGGAUGCAUAACAUCUCUCUGAAAACAGUUCUGGGACAUAAAGUCACAGGGGAUCAGUGCCUGUAAUAAACAAUACAAAACUCAGAAAAUACAUUUUUCCACUAGAAAUACCAAAAAUAUGGUAUUGCCAUUUGACUUUUGAAUGUUUAGUUUACCAAAUUGUUGCCAGUUUGCUGUCUGACAUCCAGACAUUUCUCUGGAUGUCAGUCCUCAUCAGUCUCCACUUUGUUGCUGAAGUGAUGGGUGCUUGAAGCCAUAAGCUUAGCUCCGUCCCUGUCUCCCCCACAGAAUUUGAAGAAUCAGAGGGAAGCUUCUCUACACCUGUGGUCCUCAAACUUGGUCCCGGGGAACCCUGGGGCUGCAGGUUUUUGUUCCAACCAACAUCUGUUUUUAAUUAGACUCCUAGCCUAAUUGAAAAAGCUGCCAUUUCCCAGUUUCUGUGUUUUGGGGUCAAUGAAGAAAUAACAAAAGCGUGUUAAUAAAUUUUAUCUAAAAAUUAAGCAUUUUUACUUUUUAUUUAUGUUCAUCCUGAUUUCCAUUCAGCUUUUCUAUUAUUGACUAAUUAGUGGGUCUGACGCUGAAGCAGCUGCAGCCUUUCAUCUUUUAGUUUGGUCUGCUUUGCAUGUUUUUAAUUGUCAGUUUUAGGAUACAAUAAAGGAAGCAGACUAAACGGACUUAAGGGAAAAAUAAUAUGAAAACAACAAAAAAGGACUUGAGCAUUUAAAGCUAUAGCAAAAAACAGAAAUAUUUCUAAAUAUCUUACAAUGUAAAAAUCAUACUGCUGUGCUUUUAUGAAUGCAGAAUAAGAAAAGAGAAGAAAGACCAGCUAACUAAAUGAGAUCACUUCAAUUACUAUCACUUAUUGUAAAUUUGGUUACAACAGAAACCUGCAGCCACAGGGAGUCCCCAGGACCAAGUUUGAGAACCACUGUUCGACACCAUCUACAUUUUGUAGUAUUCAGAUGGAGCAGGGCCACACUUGCAAACAACAAAAUAAUGACUUCCUCACACCUUCAGAGUUAGACGCAUUCUCACUCCUGUAAAUGGUGAGAAGGUUCUUCCAGUUAACGGCACCUUGUGGUCUUUUUGCAGUUCCGUAAAUAUUUUUGUACAUGUUUAGUGCUAUGUGAACUUCAAUGAAUAAAAUGAUCAAAGACCUAACAAGAGCGUCAGAUACAAUCUUGUUUACAACAAUAGUCCAUUUUCUGUUUCAUUAUGGCUUAUAUGACUGAUGAAGUGAUGGACUGUCUAACUUGGUGUAUUCCAUGCUGUUCAUUGUAACUGAAUAAACCAGAACAAAUGUUCAUGUAUGGAUAACAAAGUCUGUCCAUGUACCUGUCCAAGACUUGGAUUGCUCCUCCAUUUUGUAUUCCUGGGGACCCUUUUGCAAAGCUGCUAAUGUAGACAUCUCAGUGGCGUGAAGGAAGAACUA